CGAAUCCGAAUUAUCGGGGAAUAUUCACCCGACUUCGUCUCGGCGAAUAUUCCCCGAUGAUCACCUCGCCUAGCUUCGGCGAAUAAUUGUUAAAUAAUUAAGAUUAAAUGCAGAAUAAAAUUUGCCUAUACAGAUACGAAAUAAUGUUAAAGUGCUGGAGUCAUUUACCUGAAGAUAGACCGUCGUUCAAAGAACUGUCGAAAUGCUUAUGGGAUCUUGAACACGAUGGCAGCACUUACGUGAAUGUGGAGAGCUUAAUGCGACAAUCCAGUGAUGAUCAAGGUACAGGUUAGUGCUGUGCAAACUCCGGUUUUUCGGCUCCGGCCGAAUUAUAGGUCUGAGCUCCGGCUCCGGCCACAUCAUAAAAUAUUAAAUAAAUGUUUUACGAUCAGAGAACAUUUAUUAAUAUUAUUAUGAACAACCCUUUUCGCGCUUCCUAAUUAUCAGAUAACAUAAUUCAGGAAACAAAACAGUGAAAACACUUAACCACGCAGAAAAUAUCUAUAUGGAAACCAGCCUCGAAAAUUUUUUGACAGUGUUGCAAUUUUUAUAUAGCAUGACGCGAGGCAUGACGCUAACACUCUCAGACUCCACAGUGCAAUUGUUCGCACGCAAACAAAGUACUCUGUCAUUUUCAAAAAGUUGAUAUUUAUUUGUUUCAUACUUUUCCGUUAUAGUCGGCCGGCCAAGGUCGCAAAAAGUGCCUCUAAAGAGAGUUUGAUGGCAACUUUAUGUUAGAUGCUGGUAACAGGCAUUUUCUUAUAGUUCAAGCCUUGGUGAAUAAGACUGUGCAUGUGUUAUCACUUCUGAUUUUUGCUUUAUAGCCAAAAAUUUGAGAAUUUUAAAAUUUUGCCUAUUAAAUUACUAUGAUGGCAAAAAUGUAAAAUUCCAUGUUCUUUUAUAUACAAACUAUACCACUACAAAGAUCGCAAAAAACUAUAUAUAAGACAAUUAAGCGACUAUAGUGCGAUUUUCAAGCCGAUUUUGAAUUAAAGAUGGUUAAAGUUGGCAAAAUGGGUGCUACUGUAAUUAGCAUUAAUUUGGUCAUUUUUGCAUUUUUAGCAUUAAAAACUCGAAAUAGGAUUGGAAAAACGCAGAACUCAUUUAAUUGUCUUAUAUAUAGUUUUUCACACCCUUUCUAGUGGUAUAGUUUAUUUUUCGUAUAAGAAAACAUGAAAUUUUACAUUUUUUCCGAUCAUAGUAAUUUAAUUAAUAGGCAAAAUUUUAAAAUUCUCAAAUUUUUGGCUAUAAAGCAAAAAUCAGACGUGGUAACACAUAUAGUUUUGUUCACCAAGGCUUGAACUAUAAGAAAAUACCUGUUGCCAUAAAGUUGUACAAAAUGAUGACUUGGCCGGCCAUCUAUUAUCUACAAGGCAUGAAUACACAGACUAUGUAGCGCUAAGUCAGAUAUGGCUUCACGAAAGCACAACGUUUGUAAGUUGCGAUCGUAUUACAGCUUUUCGACGCUGUUCAUGUGGGCUGUGGCAGUUUCAGUCUAUGAUGAAUUCAUUAACACCAAUUGGCAGUUUGUAGUAACUAACAAUCGUUUGACAUUUGUCUCAUUUCAAUUGUUUUCUUGUCAUUUUGCCGGAGUUGGAAAAAUGUAACUCCGGCUCCGGGCUGCGGCAUACAAAAUUCUGCUCCGGCGUCGGAAAAACCGCCGAAGCUCCGGCAGAACUCCGGCUCCUAGUACAAGUUCUGUCUUCUAUCACUUAACAGUUAAGAAUUUCAAAUAAUUUAAUUAAAGGAAUAUGGCAAUAUAAAUUAAGUUUGUCUUAGUUGAAAGAACAUUUAAAAUUAUAUAUAAACUUCCUUUACAAUUAUUCUGUAUCUUGCUUGGUUUUCGAAAUGUAUCGACCUUUUUUGAUCAAAAGUAGCGUGUAUUCCGCCAUCUUGGAUAUUCAUUCGAUAUGCAUACGUCACAAGUAGGGUAAAAAGCGAAACUUUAUCUUGCAAACCACAUGUCAUUAUACAUAUGAAACUCGACUUUUAGUACUCAAAUAACUCACAACAUUUUAAGAAACUUUUCGAAGAAAUUUAGUCCCACAUGAAGAAGUUUUAACUAGUUUACCCUGCUUUUGACGUCAUCAAAAACUCAGUUAAUUAGGUCAAUUAUAAUACCAAGAUGGCGGACUGCAUACUGUUUUUGGUCAAAAUAUUUCGAAAACCAAGCAAGAUACGAAAAAGUUGUAAAGGGUCUUCACACAUAACUUUAAAAGUUCUCUCAAAUAAGACAAACUUAAUUUUUAUUGCCAUAUCCUUUAAAAGGAAUUUAAUUAAUAUAUGAUUUCUUUAAUUAAAUUUCUUUAUUGCAUUGUUGCUAUUAUUCGUUCAUUAUUGUCAUUAAUCGAUAUUCCCACUCUGUUUUGGCAUAUGCAGUCUGGGUUUCUCCCAGUCCAUGCGAUUCUGGUUUGGUGUUAAUUCCCACUUUUCGUUCAUGUGGUUUCAUUUUCGUUCAUGUGGUUAAUUUGGGCACACUGUAUCCAGAUAACGAUAUACAGUGUUGAUAUUUUUGUCAGUAACGAAUUGAUACAUAAUUCUCCUUACACCUUUUCUUGGAGAGGAUAUCUAUAAACUAAAUAUGUUCACAUUGAAAAAAUUAAUUGUCUCGGAUGAAUGCAUACUCGAACCAGUCCAACACAACUCAACAUUGUCGGUUUAUCAAUGGUGGACAAUGUAGAAUACAUAUUGUUAAACAUAAAGGUAAUCCAAAAUGUUACAGCAUCAGGCAACAUUGUUAAAUAUAUACAAUAGUAUUCAGACAGUCUGUAGAGUAAGGGGUGAUGUUAACUUGGAAUGACUGGUUUGAACGGUCCUUAACAUAUUUUUUCGUAUUAAUUCGUAGGUAACGAAAACCAAGCGGAAGCACAGAAGGUAACAGACAUCAUUUCUCAAUCGGUGAGCUCCAUAUAUAUCUGGAGCGAGAACUCGAGUCCAAAAAGUCAAACCGCGCAGACUAAAACAGUAGAAAGGGACUGGAAAUGACGUCCAAUAACUCCUUCAAUUUCCGCCAUCUUGGCAAGAAAUGUGCCGAAAUUUCGAAUUUUGCCAGCCAUUUAAAGAAUAACACUAUGAUUUUAUCAACUGAUAACUUGGUUAGCGAUGGGGUCCAUUGAAAAAGCUGUAAUUAGCUGGGAGAAAUGGUAUAAAAGCUGUUUACGACCUUCAGAGCUAUUGGACGUCAAUGGCCGCCAUCUUGGGUUCACUUUUCUUAUAGGCCGAAUGACUGAAGUUCUUGUUCCAAGUAUAUAUGGAGUUCGCUGAUCUCAAUAUAACAAGACGCCUGCUCAGGCGUUCAUACUGGCCUGAAAAUGACGACAUACGUGCUAUGGUGUAAUAGACAAGGAAUACAAAUCGUGAACCACAAACGGAAAGCGUGAAAGCGUGGCGUGAUCGAUACAUGAGUGGGUGGGAUGCGCUAAAUUAUCCUAUUAAGUUAUCCUGAGAACUAGUGAGGAGAUGUUUUCGUAAUGUCCAAUGAAACACAAGUAUUACUCACAAAUACAAACGUUAUCCGUAAACUUGGAAACUGAGACUGAAAACAGAAAAAGACAGAAAAUUAGGGAUUUAAGACACUUGCCCUUAUACUAACUAAGGAAUGCAUCAUACAUAUGGAUCGACAUUUUUAGAAAAUUCUAAGAGGUAUAUUUAACAAUUUUAACAUGAGCUCGAGUGGUAUGAACUGAAAUGAAGGACUUUUAAAAUUAAUGUGACUCUUAUAAUUAAUUGAAAACAUUUGUGCAAGUUUUAUCACAUCUAAACUUGACUAGCGUUAUCUAUUUGUUCCUUUUUGAGUAACGAUUAUAGAAGAGCUAAGCGAGAUCUAUAAUUUACAUACAAACUUUCACUACUGUACACAACGUAAUGUUCUUCAAAAACUGAUAGAAUAAUUUUUCUUUUCAAAAUAUGGUGCAAAUGACAUGAAAAGCUGAUCAGCGUUGUCUUUCUCAUGCAAAAUAGAUAAGAAUGCUUGAACCAUUGAACUAUAAUAUUCAUUGCCAAUGAUAUCACUUCCUGUAACUACCUAUUUCAUGACCAAUAUAAUUAACACCAAUCAGUAAGAUGUCUUCCAGCAGUAUUACCACGACAUAAAUUCCAGAUGACUUUCAGUAACAUUGGCAGUGCAGAAUAUUCUGAUCAACUUAAUUAAUACAGUUACUUAUAUCAAUGAAAGUGAGAUGAUUUUUGGUUUACUCAGUAAUGCAUAUUAUGCAGUGACCCUUUGUUGUUCCCCAACCACGCGCGGAGCACGACGUCCGGCAAAGCCCGUGUCGGGGGUACUAAUUCCACUAGGCUAUUAACACCCGGGGAAAGGACAGCAUUAACGAAGUCUAAAGUUCAUCAAUAAUCGCGGGCGCAUGGCUCUGCAUGGGUGGUAAAAAUAUAGUUGUUUGCCAAGAGUUAAGGAAGCAAAGAUAAAAAUCCUGAUGUACAGUAUGGGGUAGCUUUUGGUUUACUGUUUAUAUAUGACUUUGGCUUGCUGUCCAAUUUUCGUCUGAAGGUCUUGACAUGUACAGCUUUCCUUUUCAUUCUAUGACUGUGUGAAAGUUUCUUUGAAUUGACUAGUUUUAAUUUUUUUAUAAAAGCUCAGAAUAAGGAGAACAUUUUUUGAAGAGCUUAUCGGCAAAACCAGUUAAUAGUUUCAAUUAACAUUUCAAAACGUUUUUCGAAAUGUUUCGUAUCGAAUUUACAUUACAAUUAGUUUUGUAAAACAUUAAUUUAUUUUUGCCGUUUUGUACAGAAGAUUAGGGAAACAGUUAUCGUGUUGCCAUGGCUAACAUGACGCGAGCAACGCGAACCUGCGUUUCGUGUUGGCGUAGUUAGAAUACUCCAUGUUGUAUGCAUCUAUUUCUAGUAUGAUUAGGACAGUUUGGCCAUAUAUCUGCUAAUUAACAUUAGUAUAAAACCAUAAUUCAACUAAUCUCACUAAUCACCAAACAUUGACCCUUAAAUAUUGUUUUGAAGCAAGAGCUUCCCAUGUGAUAUAGAUACAAGGACGGAUCUGGAUGUGGGAGGGUUCUAAUUACGUGCAAAUGGUAAUGAUGUCGGGUGUGGCCAUCAACCAAGGCAGGGCCGUAGUGACGAGGCUAAAGAAGUGUGGUUUAGUAUCGCAUUUGCCGACAUCUCAGUCGCUAGUUAAUAUUUUCCCCAAAAAUAUCCAUGAUGAAUGGGGGAGGGGGUGUUACACCCCCCACACACCCUCUAGCUACGCCCCUGUUGUCUGACUGUUGUGACUGCGAGCGAAGUGCAUCAGUCAAAGCGCAUAAUUUUGAUCGCGGGCUAAAUGGAUCCAUUUCCUAUGCAACGAUACGUAUAGGCAUCAAAACGACAAUCGUUUUUUUGACGUGUCGUUGGCGAAACUCUGCCUAAUCACACAUCUAUUUCGUUGGAAAUCGAAGCUCAAAACGCCUAUCCUAAAAAUAAAGAAAACUUUAUUUUAACUUGACGUAUGCAUGUAUAAUGUAAAUCAAUUUAUUUUUAGGACAACAACAAUAUAGAUGAUAAACCUAAUGCAGAAUCAGAGUUGAAAUUGGGUAUAACAUCCAACGAAGGAUUUGAUAACCCGGGCUUCAGUCUAAGUGAAGAAAGUUUGAACGCUAGUGACGAGAAACGAUUACUUCGAAAGGAUAAGGUAAAGAAAUUUUGCUGAUAUUAAGUUCAUGCAAACAAUCGUUGCUGCUGAGAUAUGUAAUUAUAUUAUCUAGUGGACAUCAAGAUUGUUAUCACCACUACAUUAAAUGAUAACUGUCCAGGUGGAUCCAUGCAAUCAUUCAGACCGUAUUCUGUUUCUAACACUCCACCGCAUCUUCGAAAAGCUUUUCUCCCUUCCAAAGAUUUAAAACGCGUUAUUAUUUUUAGGACAUGGCCAACUAAAAACUACUCAAACGCCUGUUUCAUCACUGACCUAUUUUUCUCAAUUAUGAUAGAGAUCAGAUCCAAAAACAACACUGAAUAAAGAUGAAAAAGUUGGCAAUGGUGUGACGAGUGAGAUGAAUUCAUUGAAUGUUGAGUAAUUCGAUCAAGGAAAUUAUGUUCCAAAAAAAAACGCAUUGGAACGCAAUUGUAACUCACUACUGCUAAUUGAUUUUUUUAUAAGCUAAUUGAUUUUUUGUUGAAGAUUGUUUUAUUAUACGAUGAUAACUCGGAUUUUAAGAAUUAGGUUUCUUGAUUUGCAUAGGUUACGAAUAUUAAGGGAUAAUAGACGAACCCAAAUAUCUGAACAAUGAAGUUUAACGUCGAGUUUUACAUACUUUGCGUCUAUAAAAUUUAGUACGUUUUCAGCAUGAGCAUGGUGAAUGUAACUUCGAAGUUCGAACAUUACCAUGAUAUGAUCAUAUUGUCUGAUUGCAUUAUUGCACAAAAAUGAGAUUUACUAAUUUAAUUUUUAAUGUUUGAUUUUAUACUUGAAUUAGUAUACCUAUAUGUAAUUUAUAUGAAUUGAUCAUUGCUGUACAUUUUAUUAGUUUUCAGAAACAAUAUAUUGUUGCGUCAAGUUUAGAUAUCAUUACCUUUAAUUUUCUUAAUUAUACCUAUAUAUUUAACAGUUAUUGUGCGAACUCGAGUCGUAAAUUAGCUGAUCGCCGACGACAGCACCGAGUUGGCUAUCAGUCAUAUAUAUAAAACGAGACGCCUCCCCCCUCCCGAGAGUGAGUAGAAUAACUGUUUUAUUAUAUAGACAACUAAUGCAUCAACACGUACACUCUCCUGUGUGAUGACAAUAUUUUGACACUUUGGCGGCUAACCACAAAACUUGGCCUAAACGUGAGAAACACUGCAACACGGUACUUUGUUAAAUUGUUGAAAAACUUGAAAUUUUU